CGAGCCAACCGACGCGCACCAAUCACAGACUUACAGUGCGAGAUUCCAAUUUUGAACGCGAACUUAAAUUUUUUUAAAGUUCCAAGUGCAGUGUUUUGUUUAUUGUGAGUGUGAAGUGUGGGCAUGCGUUGAGUGUUCACGUUCUGCGGCGACAGCACGAUGAUUCCCGUAAUACGGACGUGCGCCGUGCUCUGGUUGGCGGUGGCUUGCGCGCGCGCCGGCGACGACAACACCACCACCACCACCACCGUCAUCCGCACCACGCUGCUGCCCGCGCGCACCACGCGCACCGAACUCAAGGUCUCGCGCAGCCUCAACCCCGACACCACCACCACCCUCAACGUCCGCACCAGGACGGGGCACAUGACUCAACUUAUAGUCAAGAAAAAGGAUAGAUCUACUACCCCAGCUAGCACAACGAUCGCCCCAACUACCUUGCCUAUUAAGGACGCAAAUGAAAUGAAGGUUAACAUCACUGAGGAAAACAAAAACAAAACAGAAAGCAGAGACCAAAGAAAGCUCAACUACGUAGGCACGCUCAACAGCGACCUAGCUGGAUUCGAUUAUUACUUAAAUCGUAAAAACUCCGAGGAACCCAGCGACAUUAAAGCGGAGUACGGCAACUGGUCGCCCGUGUCCGUCUACCCCGAGUCCCAUAUCCAGGAGGACGGCAAACAGCCGCAGGCGGACCCGGAGACCUCCAGCUACUACCCCACGUACGACAACGAGAAGAGAACCGAGAACAAAAAAGUUUACAUCACAUCGACCAGCUUUUUGGAUUACGGAGGCCCUAUUAAGAACUAUAGGUUCGAUCCCAGUAAUCCGGUUAUAAAGAACGACAGGAACCCCGUCUACAUCGAAGUCGUCAGCACGAAAGUUUCCGAAGGCGAGGGACGGUCUUCGAAAGUGCCGGAUCCCGUUAUUAUUAGCUCAGACCCUGUCUAUACGAAGAAGGUUUUGGACAAGUUCAACAAACGCGGCAGGUCUAUUCUGACACUCGGUGAUGACGGGAUUCCUGAAAUCCAGGGCGUGAGAAUGCCCGACGACGAAUCCGAUAAGAAAACGUGGCGCAACGCGAGGGUUGUCAACGGCGAGCUUCUACCGUACCCGGAAGGAUACACUCCCCCCAAGGUCAUACCUGAGGCCGACGUGUAUCCUGACGUAUCUGUUGCCGACCCCGCGCAAAACUUCGGUCCGUUCACCAAAGACGACAAUUUCGAACCGAAAGACGGUCCCUUUACAAAACACGACAACAUCAAGUUCGACGAGGGCGACAGCAUCGGUCCCUAUAUGACCAGCGACAACCCAACGUUCGCGUAUAAGCACAAAAAAGAAAAUCAUUAUCCGAAAUCCGGGUACGGUCCUUUCACUAAAGCCGAUAAUUCGAAAGUCGCAAACUCGAAACUCAUUGAAUAUAUUAAGCAAAUUAACGAGCAGGAAUCGAAACGCGAUUACUUCAGCGGUCGGAGCUCCCGCGCGCACACCGGCGACCUCGAAUACGCCGAGAGCCACAUCCAGCGACGCAUGCUGCAGCACCCCGGCGAGGUCAACUACCCCAACUCCGCCAUGUAUACGCCCAAGAACGCCAGGCCGGGCUUCGACGAGAGCGUGAGGAACCCCGUCCUCCAAUACGCGCACCCCGAUCUAGGCGUGCAACCCGCUAAAGUCACGCGCGACAAUCCAGAAUUUUACGAAAACAAUGAACGUAAAGUAAAAUAUUACACCACAAAUGUACCAAAGAGCGCUCAUCCGUAUCCCAUGGAGCCCAUCGACGGAUACGGCCAGCAGCGCUCACAGGGGCCCACCAACGCCAACCGCUACUACGAGGACGAGUACAACAAGUUCUCGUACUACGACCGCAGCCACACCACCCCGCGCUAUCCCUACAGCUACGGCUACGUCAAGCGAGUUCCGGAACCUUCCCUGUGGAAGAAGUUCACCGACUCCAUGAAGGACACGCUCCACACCGCGACCCAGACCGUCCAUCAGCUAACCAAACCCAUAACAGAUCCUAUUGCUAAAGUGACGCAACCCAUCUUUGAUCCUUUAGUCGAGGCUACGCAGAAAAUAUCGCACAACUUAGGACUGUAUCCAUCAAACUCUUUACAAACCCAGAGAUACGCACAGGAUAAGAUCGGCGUUGCCGCGGUAGCGUCUGGAGCUCCGGCAAUGUUGCCCGCUAUAGGCCUGAUGGCCGGAGGCGCGGCGCUCGGGAUAGGCGCCGUAGCCAUGGGCAGGCUGUUCGACGGGAACUUGAUGCGAAGUGCGAGCUUGACGGAGGACUACGACGAAUUAGAAAAGGAACACAAGCGCGCUCUAACCGGAGCCCCGUACGACAUCGACAGAAAAUUCAUCAGCCGACAGAAAGUGUACGAUGACAAUUAUAAAAUGCCAAGUGAGAACGUGUACGUGGUGAUGUCUCCCGACGAAGUGAAGAGGUCAAAGCGCGAUGUGUUUAUCCAGGCAGAUAGUUAUCACGGCGAGGAUUUAAGAAGGACGAAGCGUCAAAGGCGGUCUCUGUCUGAAGAUAUGCCCGAGGAGCUGCAGCACCUGGACGGCAACUGGGGCGGGUCGUCGCUGACGGCGGCGGCCAUGGAGCUGGUGCGGCAGACGGACUGGCGCGACCACCAGUGCGCCAAGCACACCUUCUGCCGGGUGCUCACCGCGCAGACCUCAGACUCCAUCUUCGCCAUGGAGAAGAAGAUGGAAUCGUUACUAAAAAUGAUCGCCCGCGGCGGCGCCGGCGCAGACGUCGUGGCGCACCACCUCGGAGACGUGAUGGCGGCCAGUCGCGACCACGACUGCUCGAGGUUCUUCUGCGACCGACACUAGCGUCAUCUACACGCCGUUUACGAGCACAUUGCCGCCCCUGGGCCUG